GGCGAAAGUGCCGGUAUAUAUGCCAGUGAUUGGCGCGAUGCAACUUCAGUGUGCACUCCCGAAGGCUACCAUGAGCACUUCGCAGAUCCUCGUGCUCUUCGCCCUUGCGGCGACGGUGGCUACGGCCACCGAGACGAAGAAGUCCGACAGCAAAGGAGCCGUCGACUCAAAGGAUGCCAAAAGCAAGCGCGGCCUGGAACUCAGUCUGGGUCAUGGCGGUUUUGGUGGCGGCGGUCUCGAUUUAGGAGGACAUGAUUUCGGCGGUGGCCUCGGCGGCGGCGACUUCGGAGGUGGACUUGGCGGCGGCGGCGGCGGCGGCGGUCUUGGAGGAGGUGACGGUGGACGUAUUUCCGGCAUCACGAUCCAUCGCGAGGUCUCGGUGCCAGUUCCGGUGCCGUACACCGUCGAGAGAAACGUACCGGUGCCCGUGCACGUACCGGUGAAGGUCCCGGUGGACAACCCGAUACCUGUUCACGUACCAAAGCCUUAUCCGGUCCCAGUGGAGAAGACCGUACACGUCCCCGUGGAGAAACCGGUUCCGGUACCCUUCAAAGUACCCGUCAAGGUGCCCGUUAAGGUGCCCGUCCCAUACAGCGUCCCAUACAAAGUACCUUACCCCGUAGAGAAGGAAGUGCCUUACCCAGUCAAGGUGCCAGUCGUUGUCAAGGAAUCGUAUCCGGUUCUGGUGCACGGACACGGACACGGUGACGGAGGUGGUUUGGGCGGUGGCUUUGGAGGUGGACACGGCGGCUUCGGCGGUGGAUACGGUGGCGGUCACGAGAUCAGCUUUGGCUUGCACCAUUGAUAAUAGUCUGACAUCGACAAUCGAUAUUAACGAUAUUCUUGUAUAUAAUGAUUGCGGUUUUUUUUUUACACGUGCUGUCUUAGCAAAAUAAAUAUUAAAUUAUUAACGCG